AUGGCCCGAUUGGCAAUCUUCCUCUUAGCCGCUGUUGUGUGCGUUAGCGCAAAAUCUUUCAAAGGUACGUACGUAUUCCCAAAUAUCUUUAUUUUCUGUUCAGGAUUUAAGAUGUUCCUGAAUAGUGAUUAUCGCAAAGGAUUGAAGUGAUCUGGAGCGAAAUCUCAUCGUGAAUAUCCGUUUGAAUUAUUUCAGUUAAUAUUUCACGGUUGAAUUAACACAGUUUCACAAUUUUUGUUUCUGAUUUCGAGGGGGUUGAAAAAGUGUAUCCAUGUUUUAUGGCGUUUUUUGGUGGGUUCUAAGUUCACGGUAUUUAUUCAUACGACAUAAGGGAGAAAUCGACCGAUUUCAUAACGAUGUUUCCUUAACCGUUUCAUUCAAGCUGCCAUUUUUUUUUUCAAAAAAAUAAUAAUGCUAAAGUAUAGGUGAUUUUGGCAAUAAUUUGUUCAUGCACAGAGAGUAAGAUCUAAAGUUCAGUAGGUUGAGAUACUUUAGAGUAUUCCUUGUUUAAAAACAUACACUUCCAUUCUUAUAAUUGCCACUUUUGUUAUACACUUGCUGUUUAUUGGUAACUAUAUAGAGACAACAAACUCUCUUUCUCGCUUCAAAUGAAUUGGUUAAAUCAUGACUUUCACGUUUUGGAAUUUCUAUUUGCAUUACCUUCAGACGCCAUUUCACAGCGUCAGUUACCACAUAAAAGGCAAACAUAUAAACGCAAAAUUUGCAACUCGUAAAACACUUUAAAAAAUCGAUGUUGAUUUGUACAUUGUAUGACAGUAAAGUUUAUUACUGCUCCAUCAUUAACGAAGUCAUUAUAUUUGUUUACAGAAAAGAGAGGCGCCAUUCCGUGUGGAUACAGCUGCACUGCUCCAAUGUGUGCACCAACCUGCCCAACCUACUGCUGCGCUCCUCCCCCACCCCCACCCCAACAGAUCCACCAUACCACCAACAUCCACCAUCACCACAUCCAUCACCAGGCACCUCAGAUGCCAGCUCCACCAGCUAUGCCAGCUGUAGCUCCUCCUCCGGCCACUGUUCACAGCCAACAGCACGUCUGGGAAUAUGUUCCACCUCCACCACCAUGCCCCUGCCCCAUGCCUGCUCCACCACCAAUCGUGGUUCCUGCACCACCCCCACCUUGCCCACCCCCAUGCUAUCCCUCAGCCCCUGUGUGCGCACCAUCCUGCCCACCUAUGUGCUGCAAGAAACGAUCAGGAUAA